CAGGAAACCCUAAAUUUAGGAGGAUCAAAUUCGUUGGGAGAUGGCAGGAAGAGGUGGUGCGUUGGCUCGAGCGCCGAGGGCGGGAGUGUGGUGGGACCUCAACACGUGUACGAUUCCCGACGGUAUUGACCCUAGUAGUAUCCGUGGGUGUAUAGAAUCUGCGGUGCACAAGGCGAUUGGUUGUCGUUCUUCUAUAGUCAUCAUGUAUGCGAUUGGCAACCUAGAAUACAUCCCUGCUGACCUCUUGGACAAGAUCGCUUUAUCUGGAAUCACUCUUAUUCACGCCCCCUGCGGUGGGAAAGACUUAAUCCAAUUUCUAGACCAAUGGUGUGGUCAGCACCCGAGUGGUUACAUAAUGGUGAUAUCCGGUGAUUAUACCAUGGUCAAUCCUCAUCGUUAUAAGUGGAUGAAAGAGUGCACUAAGUUUUGUGCAUAUCCAAAAGGUUAUUGGCCAACAACCCCGCCCCCUCCUAGCCAAGUGUUUGCCAAAGAGUUUGUCUGGGAAACUUUAGUGACUGACAACCCAUCAUGUGCCAUUGAGGGCGCAGAUGAACCUCUCUGCAUUUGCGACAUAUGCGAUGCUGUUUACAAUACAUGUAACGAAUUCACCACUCAUCUCAAGAGUGAACAACACAGAGAGACGUUGUUUGGAAUUGUGCCCGUGGACUUCGACUUGGCCACCAUGUCCGAGUGGCCUAGAUAUUUUUGCCCAGUUUGCAAUUAUCCUGCGUACGACGAAUACAACUUGCUCCUCCAUAACGCAAGUGAAGAACAUACUCGCAAGCUGGCUGAGAAAGAGCCUCAAGCAGAGGAUUGCCAGAGCAGGAAGAGAAAUCCACUAGAGGAUCUCUCUUACGAGAGAAACAAGAAGCAAGCUAUCAUCUCUUGAUGAACGAACGAGGAGGCAUUCAACAAGAGUUGUGCGUGCGUGCAUGCAUGGCUCUUUUGUGUUAAGACUUUACUAAAUAAUACUUAUUAUGUCUGGUGAAUGGUUUGUUCUUCUACCUCUUACUUAGGAAACUAUUAAGGGGCAGAGUUGUGAUUUAUAGGAGCAAUUCUAACCUUGCUCUGGUUUAGAGCUAGAAAAUGAC